AUGAAAAUGGAGGGGCAGGACUCAGUGACCCAUGACAUUGGAGGAGGUGGAGUCCCCCGCUUCCUUCAGGCUGGGUCCAUGAGGGAGUUUUUAGCUGGCGAAGCUCCUCAGCAGGUAAAACAGGAACCAGAUGAAGGACCCCAGCAGCACUGGGAGACUCAGAGGCCGGAGUUUCCCAAAGCGGUGUCGUAUCCUCAGGUGGGGUGGAGAAACCCUCCGCUCCACAAGUCCUUGCCGUGGGACUCUAACUCUUUUCAGACCUCCUACGAAGAAGCGUCCAACACGAGCCAGUGGCCUGCUGGAGGAUGGGUGCCGCAAACCAUGCCAGGCGGAGAAGCCCUGCCGGUCUAUGGCAGCCAGGUUCAAAGAGAAAGAAGGAACUAUGGCGGCGUGAAGGAAGAGGUCCCCCAUGAGGACACCGUCAGCUUGGAGGUGCGGCGGCAGCGCUUCAGGCAUCACCGCUACCAGGAGGCUGAGGGCCCUCGCGAGAUUUGCCGGCAGCUCCAGGAACUUUGCCACCAGUGGCUAAAGCCGGAACGACGGACGAAGGAGCAGAUCCUGGAGCUGCUGAUCCUGGAGCAGUUCCUGACCAUCCUGCCUCAGGAAAUCCAGAACUGGGUCAGGGAACACGGCCCCGACACCUGCGCCCAAGCAGUGGCCUUGUCAGAAGAUUUCCUCAUGAGGCAGCGGGAGGCCCAGAGAAAAGAACAGCAGGCGAUGUGGACAUUUGAGGAGGUGGUCAUGAACACCCCCAUGGGCCAGCAGGUGCCGUACCCCACUGUGGCCCAGCAGGUCCAUUACCCCACUGUGACACUGCCAGUCCAGUAUCCAGCCAUGGCACAACAGACCCAAUAUCCCGCGGUUGCGCAGCAGGCCCCCAAUCCCAUCUUGUCUGACCGACUGCCAUUGGAUGCUGGGAGGACGCUGAUCUGCAGAGAACCAAUCCCCGAAGGUGGGCGGAGUCUACGACCUUACGGCCCUAUCCAAGAGUUCCGGAGACCCCUCACCAACGCGGAGCGGAUGCGGAACCGGAGGAUGCGGAACAGGAAGCAGCGCCUGGAGACCAGCAUGCAGCUGGUCGAAUCGGCUUCGCGGGCCCCCUCAAUGCUGCUGGAUGCCAUGCGGGGGCUGCACAGGCAGGACCUGAAGGCCUUUGACCGGGCCCGGCAAGAGGAACGGCAGCACCGGAAGCAGGAGAGGCGGCAGGACAGGGCCACCGCCCAGCUGAUGGUCCACGCUAUCGAGCGCUCCCACAACGACCUGGGGGAGUUCUUAGGGAGGCAAACAGUCACCAUGGCAGCCAUCGCAGCCGUAUUUACAGGCCAGAGGUCUGCCCCGCAAGGAUCGCUUCCUGGCUACAGUUCUUAUCAGGGGCACAGCAACCCGCCUUGGGGCCCCCCAGAGUCAGGGUCCGGAACCACCUUACCACCCACUCACGUGCCUGGUAUGUCUUCGGAGCCUGUUACCAGCCCGGUAAUUCCCUGCCCGGUGCCUCCUCUGACUGUCCCUGGUGGCAUUUGUGACCCAGUCCCCGAACUGCCUCCUCUGGACGGACCGAGGGAGGAUUCUACUCCAGACUCACCCACGCCUUCGACCUCUGAGUCCGCCUCACGUCCCCUCAGCACUAGGCCGCACAGAGGAGUGAAAAGGAAGAUGUGGGAAUGA